GAGUAAGCAGUACUAUGUCCCUCCUCUGCCUCAGUGCAGUAGCCGUCUAAGUUGAGCCUCUCCCAAUGCGAAGUCCCAGCGUUCAGGCUGCUAAAAGCGCUAUUGUCUGGGAGCCCCUUCUGUGGGUCUUAUUGGGGCCCCUGCAGUGUUUCCUCUUUAGGAACGAAAUCUGCUGUUAAAAUUGAUAACUGCAGCACUUGUGGAAUAUGGAGGGGCCAGCUAUGCUUUAUCUCUCUUGGCCCCUUGUGCCAUACAGGGUCACCUGUACCUUUACCUAUAUCUCCCUCUUUUGUCUUUCAUUACCUUUUUUAUUCACUGCUUCAGCAAAACAAACAGAAGAAACUACAGGCUUGUCUUCUAACACAGGUUUCUCAGUGGCAGCAGAUAUGCGCUGUCAGUGUGUCAAGACACUAUCAAAACCCAUUCAAAUUCAACAGGUCCUAAAACUGGAGCUUAUCAAUAGCGGGCCGUAUUGUCCUAAGGUGGAAGUUAUAGUCACGUUAAAGCGUGGGUCCAUUGUUUGCUUAACUCCAGAAGCCAAGUGGGUGAAAAGACUUAUCAGCAAAAUUCUCAAAAGAGCAAAAAAGACAUAAUGAUCAAAGAAGACACAGAAAACAAUUGCGUGAAUGUGUUUACAUUUUCAAUAAAGUAUCAAUAUAUUGUAAAGAG